AUGGCAGAAACGCACGACUUCGACGGCCUCGUCGAGCGGUUUCGGCGCGGCCAGGGGAACCUCGCGACGCUGCGCGCGCGGCUCGCGACGGCGAGCGAGGCCUGGGAGGCGCUCCACCGCGCGCUCUCCGACGUGGCCUGCGGCGCCAUGCUCGACGCCGGCGGGUGGCCGCGCGGGCCCGGCGCGCUGUCCGUCGCGCUGACGGCCGCGGACGCGCACGGCACCGUCGGCCGCCUCGCGGCGGCCGCGGACGGCCCGCUCCGGCUCCUCGUCGACGAGGCCGCGGAGAUCGACGCGCUCGUCAAGCGGCGCGGCGUCCUCGCCAACGACCACGACCUCCGCGAGGCCCAGUUCCGUCGCGUCGACGCCAUGGCCGCGAACGGCGGCAGGCUCGACGCCGAGGUCGCGGCGUCCGCGAGCGCCUACAUGCGGAGUUUGCACGCGCUCGACCGGGCGACGGCCCACGCGACCGCGGCGCUGGAGGCUUUUGAUGAAGCUUUGGAGGCCGAGGAGGCCGCGGCCGUCGAGCUCGUCGCCGGCGCGCGCCUCGCGCACGCGCAAAGAGCCGCGGUGACGCUCGCGCCCGUCGUCGACCUUUCGCACGGCGACCCGACGGCGUCGUUCUCGCGGCUUUUGGACCGGUGCCGCACGGACGACCCGGCGCUGCGCCUGCCCGAGUCGCGCGCGCUCGCGGACGCCGUCGCCGCGGCGCGCGCGGACGCGGGCGUCCGCGUCGCCGCGACGCCGAGCGUCCUCGGCCACUUCGAGUCCGUCGAGAUCGACGCGGCGCCGGACACGCGCUCCGUGGCGUUCCUCAAACGGCGCUGGUCGGGCGACGGCGAACCGCGGAGCCCGGAGGAGCGGCGCUCCGAGACCGUCGAGCGCAAGUUCCUCGCGUUCGCCUUCCCGGACGGCGACGGGCCCGCGAGCCCGGGACCGCGCGCCGCGGCCGCGGAGCCGGUCGCGGGCGCGACGCCCUUCUACACGCCCCGCGACGGGCGGCCCGAGCGCGAGGCGUCGCCCCGCGACGCGGGCGCGCACACGCCGCUGCCCGACGACCUCCUCGAGCGCAUGGGCGCGCGCCCGGACGAGAGCGUCGACGACUCCACGAGCGAGGAGGAGGGCGUCUUCGAUGCGCCCGGCGCCGCGCCGCCGCCGCCGGACGAGGAGGGCGUCUUCGACGCGCCCGGCGCCGCGCCGCCGCCGCCGGACGCGUCGACGCUCGAGGCGGCGGCCGCCGCGGUCGACGCUCUCGCCGACGACGACGCGACCGCGUCCUCGGCGUGGGAGUCCGCGUCCGGCGAAUCGUGGGCGUCGGGGCGGGACGUCGACCUCUAUACGAUGUAG